CUAAUAAUAAUAAUAAUAAUAAUAAUAAUAAUAAAAAAAUGGGCGGGAACUGCUCCGGCCCUUCCGCUCCCUCAGGCGCUCGCCUCGCCGGCGUCUCCUUCGCCCCGCCGCUGCCGCCCGUGAGAAAGGGCGAGGCCUGCCCCUCGGGCCCGAUCCUGAGGAGAAUUCUCCUCAGGCGCCUCGCGGCGGGGCGUGGGCCUGGGAAUGGCGGGGAGGAGGAGGAGGAGGAGGAGGAAGAAGAGGCGGCCAUUCCUUCUUCCCGCCUCCUUCUCCUUCUCCUCCUCCUCCCUCUCCCAGCCGGGUCUGGAGUGCCAGGCAGGCAGGCAACGGGGCCCUUGAAGGCGCCUCACGCUGCCAGCCGCCUGGCCCUGCGCGACCCAGAGGAGGCGAGGACGACGGCGACGGUGCUGUCUGAAAGUUCCAGAAAUCUCCCUCUUUCAAGAAAGAUGAGGUUGUGGUACUGCACAGCGGCGGCACUUAUUAGUUUGCUGUUCUUCUGGGUCCCAUCCUCAAUGUGCUGCAACAAGGCUCUCUGUGCAAGCGAUGUCAGCAAGUGUUUAAUACAGGAGCUGUGUCAAUGCCGGCCUGUUGAAGGGAACUGCUCCUGUUGCAAGGAGUGCAUGUUGUGUCUGGGCACACUGUGGGACGAGUGCUGUGACUGCGUUGGUAUGUGCAACCCUCGCAAUUAUAGCGACACGCCUCCCACGUCCAAGAGCACCGUCGAGGAACUGCACGGGCCAAUCCCCUCGCUUUUCCGAGCGCUUACAGAAGGGGACACCCAGCUGCACUGGAAUAUUGUCUCGUUUCCCGUCGCGGAAGAGCUGUCCCACCACGAGAACCUGGUCUCCAUUUUAGAGUCGGUGAACCACCCCCAGCACCAGAACGUCUCGGUUUCAAGCAACAACGUCCACACGCCGUUCUCCAGCGACAAAGAAGCCACGUGCACGGUGGUUUACUUCGACGACUGCAUGUCGGUGCAUCAGUGCAAGAGCUCCUGCGAAUCUAUGGGAGCAUCAAAAUACCGAUGGUUUCACAACGCCUGCUGCGAAUGUAUUGGACCAGAGUGUAUAGACUAUGGCAGCAAAACUGUAAGAUGCACAAAUUGUAUGUUCUGAAGCCAGAAGCUGAAUCUUCUUCUUCUUUUUUUUCAUAGACACCAAAGUUAUUUUUUUAUUGAUAAAGAUUGAGCUUGGGAGGAUUGCUUGAGAGUGGAAUAGUUGAAACGCAGAGAUGUACAAAAUCUUAAAACCUGUAAUUCCAACCCCAUUCCCUCUAAAUAAGGUAAUACAGUGUUAACUAGCAAAUGUGUGUUUUCUUAAAAUAUUAACCAGGCUUAUUAGAGUUUUAUUUGAUUUGAAUAUGCCAACUUAUGUACAGGGUCGUCUCAUUAAGGAGAGGAGCAUGAAACUUCACAGAAAUUGCAAUUGGAUCCAGAAAUCUAUAAACUCUGGAAUUUCCCCAAAAUUUCAGAUUUGGACUGGCGUGUAGCUUGAUGCAGCGCGACACACAGAUUUCUAUCAUGAUAGGUAUUUUUGAAAGUAGGAUGGCAGUUACACGAAAGUCUCCAUCCAUCACCAUUUGCUUAAAAGAAGGAAAGAAUCAGUAUUUUUUAGAUCAAAAUAUGUGUCCUCUUCUUUGUUUCUUGCUCUAGUUCAAAAAAAGAGAACAUCCAUCAAUUGAUAAUUAAAAUAUAAAUCAUAGUGAACUCAGAAAUAACUGAUAUGUAAGCAGCAAGGAAGAGAUUUGGACGAAAUGCAGUUGCAUCAGGAUCUUUUGCUAUUUUUCUUUAUUAUGUACAAAUCUUACUGAGGCUCAAUAAAGUAUAUUUUUAAAAGCCAGCUAAUUCUAUUUUUAUAAAAUUUAUAUACUUGA